AUGUCACAACCACAACAACCCAACUCCGCCUUACAAGGCCAAUCCUUUCCUUGUGCCAAUAUAAAUGGAGAGAAACCCUUUGCACCGUCUGCGGCUUCUACCCAGGGGGGUUCUAAACGGACAUCCAAGUAUUGCGACCGUGACUGUCAGAGGGACGAUUGGAUCCAUCACGCACCGUAUUGCACGCUCCCGUUCGUAAAUUCGACAUGGGUCCCAUCCUGGUCAGUCGAAGGCCGAGAGCCCAUGUUCAGUCGGGAAGGUUACGUGGCACCCUUCGCGACACACAAAAACAUCUGGGGUGAUGUUCCGGCGUUGGAUAUCCUGAAGCUGGCCCAGAACGAGGGUGUGCAAUACGAUCAAGACUUGGCACUCUUGUUUGCUGGCAAGUAUCGCCCUACAUCUGGAGACCUUCGUAAUGUCAUCAAAACCGUCACCUCUCUCCCCUGGACGUUCCGAAAUGAUCUCAGAAUCACAAUCAACGACAAUGACCUCGAAGUUGUGGCAAGGAACAUCAUCCUGCUCCUCACUGCCCUCUUCAGCGCCGAACCUGAAGAUGCAGCCACUCGUAUGAUUCACAUCUGGUAUUCUGCUUUUGUCCGACGAAGUGAUCUCGAGUUUUUACGCGGCGUGGUCCGCCCCAAAAUCGAGAGAGUUUGCAGCAAUCUUGAAGGUGAGGAUCCGGAACGUCUACACUCGGAAACCUUUUCAUGCGGGCCCUACUCCCGGGUCAUUGUCGUGCUGCCCAAGAAGUCGUGGUUUGCGCUCCUCAAGUACUUUGAGGUGCCAGAGGGCCUGUCUCUUGACCAAGCUCGACAAAUUCGAACUGCUGUUACCCUACCAGCCGGCCACCUUGACUACAUAGAACGCACUUAUGUUCCCUUAUUGCCAGCACAACGCAUCUGCUGGCAUCGGUUCCGUUUAGAUGGUGUCCUGUUGCCCUUUGGGGCAUCCAGGAAGCCAUUUGACACACCAAAUCCGUUAGUGUACCUCCACUUCUUUUGCCCAAAUGCCCACUGGCCGUACAGAGGUGAUUUGCAGCCUAUCCACGGAUGGGGCUUUGGUGAAGUCAUCAAGAUAUCGACUGGAGAAGCUUCUAUGGACCACUAUGGGAAGCUCUUCUACUAUCUUCAGGAGCUCUUUGUUAAGUUUUGCGGAGAGUUGAGAUCGAGAAACAUAUCUUUUCGCCUCUACUACCAGGACAUUCAGCACUUGGCCAGAAACCUACGGGUCCAGUCCUUUGCAAGGAUCGAGUUAUCCAACAUCUCAGAAGAACCCUACAUAGACCCUGACCUUGUCUCGAGAUGUCUUGUCCCCCUAUUACAAGUUCGAACCACGAAUCCUUACGCCACACUCAUCAUGCUGUUCACAAAAGCUGUCUGGGCCCAGAUGAAUACUUCCUAUGGAAUUCCGGCGAUGGCGAAAUGCGCACCCACAAUGGCGACCUUGAUACCUCAAGUGGUGAUGCCACCGGAUAACCAGGACCCGAUAGUGUCAAAGAUGCUUUCGGGGAUGGGACUCAUCAUCGACGUCGACCAUUUAUUCGACAAGUAUUUGGAUUCCAACCAAGCCCAUCGCAUGAAUCGCGAUAGCAUGGCUGUCAAGGAGAAUCACACAAUUGUAGAGAAGUGGCCCUUUCGGCCUAAGCUCACGCUAGGGCAGUAUGGUACCCCUGGGGAGUUGGCAGUUAUGCUGAGCUCUGCAGCUCUAGGACUGGCAAGAUACGUGGAGUACAAGUCUCUCUUAUCCUGA